AUGUCCACAACAACAAACAUUGAAGUCAAAUGUGUAGGUUGUGUCCACCCCUUCAAUGAGGGUGAGGCCAGGUACGUCUGUACCGAGUGUAAAGGCUUACAACUGUGUCCACCCUGUUGGCGCAAGGAUGUUGAGUUCCACUCCAACCCACCACUUGACCGCUCAUGCCUCAUCCAGAACUGUCCAUUCAUCUACAAACAUACGGACAGUGCCCAAGUACCCCAUCAAUUCACUCUUGAGACCAAGUCUCAGAGCACAUUGUUGGCCACCAACAAGGGCGCAACUACCUAUGAUACUUUUAGGACUGUGUUUGAGGUGUAUAGGGAUAGGCCAUGUCUUGGAACAAGGAAACAAGUUACCAAGUCAACAGCCCAUCCCUUUGGUCUAGGUGAAUACCAAUGGCAGACAUACUUUGACCUUCGUCAAAAGUCCGAAUGGCUUGGCAAUGCACUGGCGCGUCUCCUGCCCACUCGAUCAUUCGUUGGAAUAUGUUCCAACAAUUGCCUGGAAUGGUAUUAUGCAGACUUUGCUUGUCUCUGGUUUGGAAUGAGAGUUAUACCCUAUCAUCAUCAAUUGAAUGUUAACUCCAUGUCAGAGUUGUUGAAUAACUCAGAGACUUCAUGCAUGGUCAUUUCAAAGACAGCCAUGCCAACACUUGUACAGAUACUUGAGAGUGGUAGAUAUACCAAACUCAAAGUUAUAGUCCACAUCGAGAAUGAUUAUGAUAGGAAACUACGUCUUCGUUUGCCAUCAAACAUCCAGUUCAGACUAUUCUCCAAGAUGUUGGAUUGUGGUCGUAGAUCAAGACCAUUACCUCACAAUCCACUAAAGUCUGAUGAUAUCAUGGCACUGACAUACUCAAGUGGAAGCACUGGAUUACCAAAGGGAGUGAUAUCAAGGGAUCGAGAGAAUAACAACUUUGUGGCAGAGUCAAAGAAUGAUUAUCCUUAUGUUGUGUUGAGUUACUCGACGAUGGCACAUGCUCAGAGGAGGUUCGAUCACAAGAAUCUGUACAGUGGUGGCAGGAUUGGAUUGUUCUCAGGCAACAUGGAGACAUUGUUUGAUGACCUUCGCGAACUACGUCCACACAGCUUCUGGGGCGUACCAAGAGUGUUCAACAUCAUCUUCUCACAGUACCAGCGAGAGUUGGAGGACUACCGUCUGGAGCAUCCACAGUUGGAGCUUGAGCAAUGCCAGACCGCCAUGGUCCACAAGUUCAAGACGGUCCUGGGCGACCGUGUCUCUCAGAUCGUCACUGGAUCAGCACCACUUCGCGACGACACCAUGGCAUUCAUGAAGCAGUGCUGGACUGGCGUACCCAUCUUGGUGACAUACGGCAGCACCGAAUCACUUAUAGUCAGUGUCAAUGGUAAUGUGUUGCCAAAUGUGGAGUAUAGGAUUGAGACAUGCAAGGAGCUUGGAUACUCGGUGGAUGAUCAACCAAAUCCUCGUGGUCAAUUGAUGGUGCGCUCGCCAUCAAUCAGCAGUGGAUACUACCGCAAUGAUGAGGCUGGUAAGAAGGCCUUUGUCGAUGGAUGGUAUGUCACUGGUGACAUUAUCGAAGAGUUGGCACCAAGGAAGAUCAAGAUCAUCGAUCGAAUGAAGAAUGCAUUCAAGUUGAGCAAUGGAGAGUUUGUUGUCCCUGAACCAUUGGAGAACAUGUUCUACGCAUCACCAAUGAUUGAGAACAUCUUCAUUUAUGGUGAUACCAAUGUGUCAUUCCUUGUGGCAGUGGUUGUACCAAAGAGAGUUGUGUUGGAAAAGUACGGCUCCAACAUGUCAAGCAGCAUGAUCAAACGUCUAAUAAUGCGUGAGAUUGAUAGGAUAUCAAAGGAGAACAAGUUAUCCAACUAUGAGACACCAAAGAUUAUCAGUAUAUCUGAGAAGGCAUGGACAGUGGAGAAUGGAAUGAUCAAUGGUACUGGAAAGUACGUCCGCAAUGAGAUAUUCAAUCAUUACAAGAAUGAUAUAUUGGAGAUGUAUGAAGUUAUUGAUUCAAUUCAAGAUGGAUUGCGUAACAACUCUGGUAGCAAGUCAUGUGAACAAGUGCUUGAGACCUACCUCAAGAUGGUACUUGGUCUGGACCUUGACCAACUUGGUGAUGAUGACCUCGAAGGUAUCUCCUUCACUCAGAUUGGUGGUGAUUCCAUCGGUGCCGUCAAGUUAUCCAACUUGUUGAAGGAGUCCAACCCUGAGAUCACUCCACAAUUCAUCCUCAACAAGAAUAUAAGUCUCAAACAGAUAUUCAAUCGAUUGAGACCCAAUCAGACCAAUGAUGUCAAGCCUGCCAAGAUUGAUUGGAAGAGGGAGAUGACAUUGGAUGCCUCGAUAACAACAAAGGGCAAGACUAUCAAACCAAUGAAGCAAUCUGGAAACAAUAUUCUACUCACUGGAUGUACUGGAUUCCUUGGAUCAUUCCUACUCUAUGAUCUCCUAGUCAGCACUGGUUCAAUGUGUGGCAACAUCUAUUGUCUCGUCCGUGGUCACAAGACUCUAGAGUCCGCAAAGCUUCACAUUGUACGUCUACUACAAUCGAAGCAUAUCCAUCUCAGAGAUCAACAGAUCGAGAAGAUCAACCCGGUACUGGGUGACCUCGAGUUGGAUAACUUUGGUCUCAACCUUGGACAGAUGAAGUAUCUGGCCAACAACAUCGACAUCAUCCUACACAAUGGUGCCAUUGUCAAUCUUAUCAGUCCUUAUGAGAACCUGCGACAGUCCAAUGUACAUGGUACAACCGAGGUCCUACGUCUGGCAUGCCUUGGACCCCAGAUCAUACGUGUGGCACAUGUUUCAACAAUAGGAUGCUUUGCCAGACUCAACAGGUACAUCACCGAUCUUGACCAGCCAAACAUCAAUGACAUUGACACCAUGUAUGGAUACCAACAGUCCAAACUUGUUGGUGAACAAUUGAUCCAGGAGGCACAUGCACGAGGUAUCCCAACAAUGAUGUUCCGUCCAUCUUCAAUCUAUGCUCAUUCUGUCAGCGGUGUAGACAAUGAGCAUGACCUGAUCAGACUGAUCAUCAGAGGUUUCAUCUACAUGGGCGCCUACCCCUCGCUGGCCACCAACAACAAACUGAACUUGACACCAGUGGACUGGGUCUCAUCAUCAAUCGCCCAUCUUACACUGGCCAAUCAGUUAUGGAGUGAUGUAGCCAAGGAUCGCACCUCCACCCCGAUUUAUCAUCUGGCCAACCAACAUUCAAUCAGUGUUCAAGAGCUGUGUAGCUCGAUCAAUGUCAAUAAUCAAGGUCAACAAAUUUUGAAAGAGAUAUCAAUGGAGGAGUGGACCAACAAGUUAGUGAGUCAGGCCAACAAUCCUUUGAAUCCAUUCUCAAGGGUAUUCCAAUCUGGACAAUAUCCAGUCUUCAUUAGAUAUGGAUUCUGCAUUCCUUUCACAUUAACCGAUCUUGCCAACAUCAACAAGGGUCCAUGUCCAUUAGUUACCAGUAAGAUGAUCAAUACAAAUAUCCAUUUCAUUAACAAGGGUAAAUAA